CUUUGUUUUUUUUAAUCUUCGUCUCCUUCGCUACUCCGAGAGCUUCGUCGGAGAUCUGGUUCCGUACAUCGAUGGCGGAUUAUACGAACAGGGUGGUGAAUCCUUGGGUUCUUCAUCUCCAGAAGAUUGGCCUCGAGCUCAAAUGCCCUUUAUGCUUGGAAUUGCUUAAUCGUCCGCUGAUGCUUCCUUGUGACCACAUCUUCUGCGAUUCAUGCGUGCCAAGAUCGCAAGACGACCCAGAUUGUCCCGUCUGCAGGUCUAAAUAUGAAAUCCGGGAUUUAAGGGAUAUGCGUUUCAUGGGAAACAUUAUAAGCAUAUACAAAAGCUUGAACACUGCUGUCAGCGCCCAUCUCUCCCAGUUACCGUCUGCAAAUGAAUAUAUGGGCAAAAAUGGCGCACCCAAUUUUUGCAGAACCCAGAAAGGCAGCAGAUCCGAAGAGUUUAAGGCUGUUAAUACGGCAGUGAUCAAGUGCAGCGAUUCCCAUAGUCAUGAUGAUUCUCUGGACCCUAGUUCACAAGAAAGCAACCCGAGGAGGCCUAAGUACAAGAAUGUAGCAGCUGAGAUGCAUCAGGCUGAGCAGUUGUUCGAGAGUCCUUCAUCACUUGAUGAUGCGAAGGGUUCUGAUAAUGACACCAGUGAUCAUACCCCAGGAACUUAUGCAGGACAAACUGCCAAAAGGAUGCUUGAUACUCAUGCAUCAGGAGCAAUGGAAAUCUAUUCCAAGGACUCCAAGAGGCAGAAGAAGCUGAUGUACACAGCUGCAGAUCAUGAUUGCAAGGACAGACCUGAUCAGUUCACCGAAAACUUAACAGCUUCAGACAUGACCAUUUGUGGGUUCUGUCAGUCCUCUAGGACAUCAGAGGCCACUGGGGAAAUGCUCCAUUACUGCAAAGGAAGACAAGUGACAGGAGAUGACAUCUUUCGUUCCAAUGUCAUCCAUGUUCACAGUGCAUGUAUCGAGUGGGCACCUCAAGCAUACUAUGAAGAAGAUUCAGUGAAGAAUCUGAAAGCCGAACUGGAUAGGGGCAUGAAGAUCAAAUGCACUCAAUGCGGUCUGAAAGGGGCUGCCUUGGGCUGCUUUGUAACAUCUUGUCGCAGGAGCUAUCACGUUCCAUGCGCACGACAGAUACCCAAAUGUCGUUGGGAUAACGACGACUUUCUUCUGCUUUGUCCUGCUCAUUCUUCUGUCAAAUUCCCAAACGAGAAAUCUAAGUCUAAAGCUCGUAUUUCCAGUGCCCAGCCUCCUUUAGAAACAACUCCUGUAGAGCUUGGUUUAGCAGUAAACCGGCCCAUGGAGACAAAAAAAUUGGUUCUAUGUGGAUCUGCCCUUUCUCACGAAGAAAAGCACCUUCUGGAAAAAUUAGCCUCCAAACUUGGAGCAACCAUAUCCAGGUUCUGGAACACGAGUGUUACGCAUGUGAUCGCUUCUACAGAUGAGAAUGGUGCAUGCACAAGAACUUUGAAGGUUCUUAUGGGCAUUCUUCAUGGGAAAUGGAUUCUCAACGCAGAUUGGAUGAAAGCAAGCCUUGAAGCAUUUCAUCCAGUUGACGAGGAAUCUUACGAGAUUGCAAUUGACACCCAGGGAUGCCGAGAUGGCCCGAGAACAGCCAGACUCAGAGCUGCUGCUGAUGCACCAAAACUUUUCAACUGCUUGAAAUUCUAUUUCUACGGAGAAUUUGUAAGAGGAUACAAGGAAGACCUUCAGAAUCUGGUCAGAGUUGCCGGAGGAACAAUCCUGAAGACUGAGGAUGAACUAUUCACAGAAAGCUGUGGCAAUGACCAACAAUCUUCUAUGCCAACAACGUUUGUAGUAUACAACAUCGAUCCUCCACCCGGGUGGGUUCUCGGGGACGAAGUCUCCAUCAUCUGGCAAAGAGCCUAUGAAGCAGAGGCAUUGUCUAGUAGAACAAGGUCUCAGCUCAUCGGUCAUACAUGGCUUCUGGAGUCCAUUGCUGCUUACAAGUUGCAGCCUUUGGUCAGCUGAUCAAAAGCAGUAGACAGCACACAUUUCAUUAGAUUUUAGAUUGUUCUUCCCAUUUGUUAAACAGAACCCAUGAGAUUGACUUUGUUUAAUUUUCACCUUGUUCAUCAAAUAAUCAUGAUCUUAUGAUAGAAUCGAAUACUUUUAAAUACCAAAAUGUAUUUCAGAAAAAACAGGAAAUACAAUCCUGUCAAGAGGUUACUCU